CCCAGCACUCCCGAUCUUCUCAGGAAGACUGAAGAUAGAGGAAGCAAAAAGGCUACAAGAGGUAUCAAUGGAUGACUGACUGACUGACUGACUGACUGUCAAUGAUCAAGUCUCUCUCUCACCCACUCUGGUGAACCCCUUCUUGUUCUUCGGCCUGGAAUUCAUAUGCAACGGUGAUAUUGUGAGCAAGACGGUCCAAGGGAAGCAACGAAGCCACCACACACUCCUCUGGCUGUGUAUAGCUGCCCAAUCCUACGCUCUGCCAUCCAUUCACACAAGUCGGUCAAUAUAGUCCGUCUCCUUUGACACCACUGGUCGAGAACAGGAACAAUGUCAGCGCCGUCGCCACAAGAACCGGACACCGCUCCAGCGACCCAGUACGACCAGAUCGGGCAGUCGUACGAGUCGAUGAAGCAGAUCCCCGGCGCGGCGCUCGAGCGCAGCAACCUCCGCGACGCCAUCGUGCCGUACCUGACGCUCCCGGACGGCAGGGCGGCGGCGGUUCUCGACCUCGCGUGCGGCACGGGGUAUUACUCGCGGCUCCUCCUCGACUGGGCGCCGUCCCUGCGCCGCGUCGUGGGCGUCGACAUCUCGGCGACCAUGGUGGGCGCGGCGGAGCGGUCGGCGGCGUCGCUGGACGCGUUUCAGCAAGGCCGGUUGAGGUUCGCGGUGGGGGACGCCACGGAGCCUCUCCCACGCACCGUCUUCUCGGGAGCAGAAGAAGGAAAAGAAGAAGAAGAAGAAGAAGAAGAAGAAGAUGGCUCUGAUUCUGGGCUGUUCGACGUGGUGCUGGGCGCGUGGCUGCUCAACUACGCGGCGUCGACGCCGGCCAUGGCGCGCAUGUUCGCCAACGUGGCCGCGGCGCUGCGUCCCGGCGGGCGCUUCGUGGGCAUCACGCCGCACCCGGCGGCGGACCUGGACGCCUUCGCGGCCUUCCACGCCACGCCCGCCGCGCAGGCCGAGAUGCGCCGCUUCGGCGUCUCCAUCGCGUACCUCGCGCCCCCGCUGGCCUCGGGCGAGGGCUACCACACCCGCAUCACCGCGCACGUGUCGCCCGUCGAGAUCGCCUUCGACAACUUCCACCUCCGCCGGCGGGUCUACGAGGACGCCGCCCGCCGCGGCGGCAUGAACGGCGAGCUCAAGUGGCUCGAGGUCAGAUUGCCCCGGAGCGACGACGAGAGUCGCGCCGAGUAUGGCGUCGGGAUCGACUACUGGGACGGGUGUGAGGAGAGGCCGCAUUUUGGCAUCCUGGUGGUUGAGAAGUGAGAAGGGAGCGUACCAAAAGCAUCGGGAAAAGGGGGAGUAUAUCCUGGAAAGGCAAAGGGAAAACGGGAAAAACUGAGUCCAACACAAAGCGAAUGAAUGGGUGGGAAUAUAAAAUUAAUUCUCCUUUGGAUAGCAGAACUUUCCUGCUGAGAGACCGUCCUGAUACUGCUUUACCUGAAAGCGCGAGCAAACGCCAGCCUGCAGCAUCCAUGUCUAGUCAUCGUCA